ACGACUAUUUGAUGUGGUCGUACUGUAGUCGUUAAUUUAGCGACUAAAUUGCGACUACAUAAUUCCAUCAACAAUAUAGUCGCCUCGUAGUCGUUAAAAUACGACCACCGUACCGACUGCAUGAAUUAGUCGCUAUAGAGUGACUCAGUAGCGACUAAUUUCCUCUAGUAGCUACAUAGUCGCUAAAUCGUCACUAUGUAGUCGUUAUGUUUGGCGACUACAUAUGUAGUCGCUAUUUGUAGUCGCUAAUCACCUGUUUUCUUGUAGUGUUAGAUUAUGAAAGUUUAGACUACUUUGUCUGUAUAUGUUUGGCUCAUUCAUAAAUACAUUGUACGAAAUACAAUUAUUUUAAUCACACAACCAAAUACGUUGUUCCACACUUGUGAUGGAGAAGAUAUAUAUUAAUGUACAGAUCGUAGUAUUACGUCUGUUGUUGAUUCAUUUGGAUUUUGCAUUGGCUUCAACUAGUUAUAUUUAUCUUGAUUUGAAUAAGAUCAUAUUAACUGCUACAGAUGACAUCAAAAACAAAGCGACAAUGGAAAGCCCAGUUUCAGGCCAACUACCAUGCCGCCGGGAGCUACCAUGCCACUAGGAGCUACUGGUGUAUCUUCUAAUGGUGCUACCAUGCCACCAGGAGCUACUGGCUUUUCUUCUAAUGGUGCUACCAUGCCAUCGAAAGCUAACAUGCCACCAGGAGCUACUGGUGUAUCUUCUAAUGGUGCUACCAUGCCACCAGGAGCUACUGGCUUUUCUUCUAAUGGUGCUACCAUGCCAUCGAAAGCUAACAUGCCACCAGGAGCUACUGGUGUAUCUUCUAAUGGUGCUAGCAGUUCUAAUAAUGUUACCCUUGAGGCACUAAUUAAUGCACUAGCAAGGCGAGACCAGCCACACCUCCAUCCGCAGAAGGUCAACGGAGCUUUAUGGUUCAAAAUUGACAAAUCUGUCAAUAAAUCCAUCCGAACAACAUGGUAGAGCAAUUUCAUGGGACCUUUGUGGAAUUGGUCCACAGUACCACAGAACAAAAAGGAUGAGUGGUGGCAGGAUUUUGUGGUCAGUGUUUUUUUUUUAUGAAACGUCCCGACCGCCACCUCUUAGUGGGGCCCAUGUCCAA